CCCCGCCAACCCGGUAACAACCGGCGUCAGUGACGACUUCGCCGCGCGUCGAUCAGCCAUGGCCACCGCUCUUGCGCUACGCAGCUUGUACCGAGCGAGACCCUCGCUGCGCUGUCUGCCUGUUGAAUUUUCCUGGGCCCCGCGACGGGGGCAUCGGCUCUCGCCAGCAGAUGACGAACUGUAUCAGCGGACGCACAUCUCUUUGCUGCAACGCGAAGGCUUUCAGACCAUGUACAUCGACAGUUACAACAGCCGCGGCUUCAUGAUAAACGGAAACCGCGUGCUCGGGCCCUGCGCUCUGCUCCCGCAUUCGUUGCUGCAAUGGAACGUGGGAUCCCACCAGGACAUCACCGAAGAGAGCUUUUCCCUCUUCUGGAUGCUGGAGCCCCGGAUAGAGAUUGUUGUGGUGGGGACUGGAGACCGGACUGAGAGGCUGCAGUCCCGGGUGCUUCGAGCCAUGAGGCAGCGGGGCAUUGCUGUGGAAGUGCAGGACACGCCCAAUGCCUGUGCCACCUUCAACUUCUUGUGUAAUGAAGGCCGAGUAACCGGAGCUGCUCUCAUCCCUCCACCAGGAGGGACUUCACUCACAUCUUUGAGCCAAGCUACUCAGUGAACCACCAGGAACUGACCUGCUGACUACACUCUGCCAGUUCCCAGUGCUUUCACCCUUAUCUCCCCUUUGGCAUUUAUCUUGCUUACCAACAUAAUAAUUUAUACACUUCUCCCA